GUCGAACGGGCUCACCACCCGCCGUCUCGCUGACCCCGUGAAUCCAGAGCCCAAAGCCCAUGUUCCUCUCCCUCUCUUUUAUAACCCACCGAGUCGGCGCCAACCCUAGCCCAUCCCUCCUCCUCGCGCCGCCGCCGUCGCCAUGUCCAAGCGCGGGAGGGGCGGGUCGGCGGGGAACAAGUUCCGCAUGUCGCUGGGUCUGCCUGUGGCCGCCACGGUGAACUGCGCCGACAACACUGGCGCCAAGAACCUCUACAUCAUCUCCGUCAAGGGCAUCAAGGGGAGGCUGAACCGGCUCCCAUCGGCCUGCGUCGGCGACAUGGUCAUGGCCACCGUGAAGAAGGGGAAGCCCGACCUCAGGAAGAAGGUCAUGCCCGCCGUCAUCGUCCGCCAGCGCAAGCCGUGGCGCCGCAAGGAUGGAGUCUACAUGUACUUCGAAGAUAAUGCUGGAGUGAUCGUGAACCCCAAGGGUGAGAUGAAAGGAUCUGCUAUCACUGGACCCAUUGGCAAGGAGUGUGCUGACCUUUGGCCUAGGAUUGCUAGUGCAGCAAAUGCCAUUGUCUGAUAUCAUGAUCGGUUGAGGAAGUUUCUUUUGCUCCUUAUUUAGGUCUAUUGGUCGCAGUUUUGUACCUGAAUACCUGUGGUAAUGUACUUUGAGAUCUGUUUUCCUCCAAAUAUUUUAUGAUAAUUAAGCUCAACAAGAGCAAAAAGGUGAGUUUCGCUUUC